AUGCCCGCUCCUCUUCACUCCCAUUCUCAUGGUUCCUCCUUUGCCCCCAGCCAGGAUGCACCGCAGCCCAACGAGCAUGGCCCGCGGGUACAUGUCUCUCAUGAAGAUGAAGAUGCCAUCGCGGAUAUUCAUCGGACUCUGACGGAGAAGAGCCAGCCGCGCGUGGUUCAGGAGUACUCCGAGCCGCACUCCUCGUUUGAUAAGUUCUUGGAGGAGCAGGCUCAGGGAGGCAAGAAACGCUCCAAUCUCGGAGUAUGCUUUCAGUCAGUCUCAACUUGGGGCGAAGGUGAUGGCCAUGCCGAUGUAAAGACGCUUGGGACGGCUUUGUGGCGUACGCUUACCUUCCGAGACAUCUACGAAUGGACUUUGCAGCCAUGGCUGUCGGCUAAGAAGCCUCAAAAUGGCCGUCCGCUUAUUCAAGACUUCUCGGGUGUUGUUCAAAGUGGAGAAAUGAUGCUGGUCCUGGGCCGACCAGGAGCUGGCUGUUCAACUUUUCUUCGAACCAUUGCUGGGCAACAUUCGUCCUUUCUUGGGGUGACCGGUUCAAUCGACUAUUCUGGAUUAAGUCCCGAGGAAGUCCGCAAACACUAUCGCAGCGCUGUCGCAUACGUGCCAGAAGAUGAUGUGCAUUUCCCGACCUUAAAUGUACGCCAGACUCUGGAAUUUGCCCUGCAGAGCAAGACUCCCAAGCGUUAUCAGGAUCGGAUUCCGAAAUAUCUUGAGGUUUACGGCAGAGUUUUUGGCAUGACUCACACGAUGGAUACACUCGUGGGCAAUGAGUACAUCAGAGGUGUUUCUGGAGGUGAAAGGAAACGAAUUUCGAUUAUAGAAUCACUAGCAACAGACUCAUCGGUAACGUGCUGGGAUAAUUCGACUCGUGGUCUCGAUGCAUCUUCGGCGCUGGACUAUGCACGCAGCUUACGCAUAAUGACUGACAAUUGUGGAAAAGCAACCCUGCUCACGCUCUAUCAAGCCUCAGAUGCCAUUUACGAGCUGGUAGAUAAAGUGCUGCUCAUCGACGAGGGCCGAAUGCUUUUCCAGGGACCAGCUCAUAAGGCAAAGAGCUACUUUGAAGAUCUUGGCUAUGAGUGCGCUGAGAUGCAGACUACGUCCGAUUUUUUAACCAGCAUCACCGUUCCCGAACGACGACAAUUUCGCGCAGGUUGGGAAGACCGUGCUCCUAAAGGUCCAGUGGAACUGGAAAUUUCAUUUAAACAGAGUGCGGCGUUCAAGAAUAUCCAACAAUCUAUCGACCAGUACGAGGAUCAGCGAUUUGGUGGCAAAUUUAAUGGAGCCUGCUCAACUGACUCCGAGGCCGGGAGCGUGGAGGAGUUUAAGCGCACUAUGCAGAGUGACAAGUCUCGAUUUGUGUCGUCAACAUCUUCAUAUACCAUCUCACUCUUCCGCCAGAUUGCCCUAUGUGCUCAGCGUCAAUUAUGGCAAUUGAAAGGACAUAUGAGUCCGCUUUAUAUCAAGUUGAUUUCGGCUGUGGUAUACGGACUGCUCGUUGGGUCGAUGUUUUACAAUCAACCGCAGACUACCGAGGGAAUGUACUCUCGUGGUGGCGUGCUCUUCUAUUCUUCCAUUCUCCUGGCUUGGUUACAGAUGUCCGAACUGGAAGAUGCAAUGCAAGGUCGCGAUAUCCUCAGUCGUCAAAAGAAGUUUGCUUUUGUGCGGCCAAGUGCAGUCUGCCUGGCCCGAGUGAUGCAGGACAUGGCGAUUACGGCUCUUCUGACUCUAUUAUAUCUGAUCGUUCUAUACUUUCUGUCAGGAUUGCGCUCUGAGGCAGGUCCCUUCUUCAUCGAUUUUCUCUUUAUCUACACCUGCACUAUUUGCCUUACUUCACAGUUUCGUGUAUUUGCCGCCAUGUCGAGAAAUUUCGAGGUUGCACUGCGUUACUGUGGUGUCUCAGUGCUAUUUUGCAUUGUAUUUGGUGGCUAUGUUCUAUCCGUCGAUAAAAUGAUUCAAGAUGUACCCUGGGUUGGAUGGUUGGCUUAUACUACCCCAGCCCUUUACACUUAUGAGGCUGUAAUGGCAGCUGAAUUUCACAAUAUGAAUUUCACGUGUGCCGCCUCUUCAAUUGUCCCAUCUGGAUCUAACUAUACCAAUGUUGCAUACCAAACCUGUGCGUAUGCGGGGAGUAAGAUUGGUAGUACGGUUGUGAAUGGUGAUGAUUACCUGGAAACGCAAUUCGGAUUUUACUACAGUCAUGUGUGGCGCAACUUCGGAAUCCUUUGCCUCUUCACCGUGGUGUUCAUUGGCCUUACGUGCUGGCUAAGUGAAGUGAAGGAAUGGGAACUUGACGGUGCAGGCCCGAUCCAGUACAAACCUGCUCAGCGCUGGUUCAGCCUGAAGAAGAAGAAGGCCGCUUUCUUGGACGAAGAGAAAGCCUCUGUUUCGACUAAUUUCCCGGUACCGCCGGCUGGACCUGCUAUGGAGAAGCCCCAAUACAGCCUUGCCGGCACAGAGUCCACUUUCACUUGGUCCGAUCUUGAGCUCAAUGUGCAAGUUGGCAAAGAAACCCGGAAAUUAUUAGAUGGAGUAUGUGGAUACUGCAAGCCUGGUUCAUUGACAGCGCUUGUGGGAGCUUCAGGUGCAGGGAAAUCGACUUUGUUGACGGCACUUACUCAAAGACAGAGUGCUGGUGUCCUAUCGGGCUCCUUGUAUGUUGAUGACCAUGCUGUUGACAGUUCAUUCAAUCGGCAAAUCGGAUACUGCCAGCAGAUGGACAUUCACGAUGAAAGCAGUACUAUUCGCGAAGCUUUCGAAUUUUCUGCAUUACUUCGUCAGAGCAACGACAUACCUAAAGAUGAGAAAUUGAGCUAUGUGGAAACCGUUCUUCAUACCUUGGAUCUGGUGGAGCUGCAGAAUGCAGUGAUUGGAUCAUUGGACAUUGAAAAGAAGAAACGUGUGACUAUCGGUGUGGAGCUCUGCGCGAGACCCAGAAUGCUUCUGUUUCUGGAUGAACCUACAAGUGGACUCGAUAGUCAGGGAGCAACCAGCAUCGUGGCGUUGCUUCGUCGGUUAGCUGAUCAGGGAUUGGCAGUGCUCUGCACCAUUCACCAAGCUAAUCAACAACAGUUUGAGGAGUUCGACCGUGUUCUUGCUCUUAGCCCCGGCGGUAGCACUUAUUAUUUCGGCCCUGUCGGUGAAUCAGGCCGAAAUAUCUUUGAUUACUUUGAGAAAAAUGGCCACCAUCCCGAAAAUGUCACCAACGCGGCCGACUUUCUGAUCGAAGUAGUUGUUGAGGGCAUGAAAUCCUCGGGAAGCCAUGUCAACUGGCCUGCCAUAUGGCGCAAUUCCCCAGAAGCCGAGAAUGUUAAGAGAGAAAUUUCUACAAUUCGCUCACAACGGAAAAGCAAUCAGGUCAUGGGACCAUCCGGAUUGCCUUCUUUGUACGAACAAAUCAUUCUCCUCACACAGCGGACAUCUCGCCAAUUCUGGAGAACGGCUGAAUAUCCCUACUCACGUCUCUAUGCAUCAUUUCUACAUGCUCUUAUCAACGGCCUCACUUACCUUCAGAUUGGAAAUAGUGCGACGGAUCUUCAGUCUAAGGCUUUUUCCUGCUUCUUGGUCCUUAUGCUGGUUCCGGAAUUCAUCAACGCCAUUUCUAUGCGAUUCAUUUUAAACCGUGACAUUUGGCUGGCGAGAGAAGGCCCGAGCGGCGUAUAUAACUGGGCCGCAUUCAGCACGGCCCAGAUAAUCUCAGAGAUCCCAUAUGCUAUCGCGGGUGGAGUGAUUUUCUAUGUUUUAUACUACUUCAUGGUUGGGUUGCCUCUCGGAUUUGCGGCGGGAUAUAGUUUCCUGAUGUUCUUCCUUUUUUUUCUUUUUGCAACAUCUUGGGGUCAAUGGAUUGCUGCUCUAAGUUCCGACUCAAUGGUUGCUGCAACUCUAAUGCCAUUCUUUAUCAUCAUGUGCGAGCUGUUCAAUGGCAUUCUUCGUCAUCACGAUCAGAUGCCUGUUUUCUGGAAAUACACCAUGUACUACGCGACACCGUUCACAUACUGGAUCGGUGGUGUCUUGGUGGCUGUUCUUGACGGCACUUCAGUGGUCUGCAAAGAGCACGAACUCAUUAUGUUUGAGAGCCCCUCUAACCUUACUUGUGCUGAGUAUGCUGGUCCGUGGCUUUCUAACAAGGGUGUCGGAUAUCUUUCCAAUCCGGAAAAUAUGGGAAUAUGUGGAUAUUGCGAGUACAGUCGCGGCGAUGACUACUUGUCUAGCAUCGGUCUUGACAGCUCUAACAUCUGGCCUUAUUUUGGCAUUUUUCUUGCCUUCACCAUUGCCAACUAUAUGAUGGUGUACUUGCUUGUUUAUUUCCGUUCUGUCAUGAAGCCUUUCUGGCGCUCAAAAUGA